AACUUGGCCUGUUCUAUCUCCAACAAUGAGGAAGGGGUGAAAUUAGUCCGGAUGGCAGCCACCCAGAUUGAUAGUCUAUGUCCGCAGGUCAUCAAUGCUGCCCUUACACUAGCUGCCAGACCUCAGAGCAAAGUCGCUCAAGAUAAUAUGGAUGUCUUCAAAGAUCAGUGGGAGAAGCAAGUUCGAGUCCUGACAGAAGCUGUGGAUGACAUCACAUCAGUGGAUGACUUCCUGUCUGUCUCAGAAAAUCACAUUCUAGAAGAUGUGAACAAGUGUGUGAUUGCACUCCAAGAGGGGGAUGUUGAUACUUUGGACCGGACAGCAGGUGCAAUCCGUGGUCGAGCAGCCCGAGUCAUCCACAUCAUCAAUGCGGAGAUGGAGAACUACGAAGCUGGAGUUUAUACUGAAAAGGUUCUGGAAGCUACAAAAUUAUUGUCUGAGACAGUUAUGCCACGUUUUGCGGAACAAGUAGAGGUGGCCAUUGAAGCUUUGAGCGCCAACGUGCCUCAGCCUUUUGAAGAGAAUGAGUUCAUCGAUGCCUCCCGCCUGGUGUAUGAUGGAGUCCGAGACAUCAGGAAAGCUGUUCUCAUGAUUCGGACUCCAGAAGAAUUAGAAGAUGAUUCAGACUUUGAGCAGGAAGAUUAUGAUGUGCGCAGCCGGACCAGUGUACAGACUGAGGAUGACCAGCUCAUUGCUGGCCAGAGUGCACGGGCCAUCAUGGCUCAGCUACCCCAAGAGGAAAAGGCAAAAAUAGCCGAACAGGUGGAAAUCUUCCAUCAGGAGAAGAGCAAGCUGGAUGCCGAGGUGGCUAAGUGGGAUGACAGCGGGAAUGACAUCAUCGUCCUGGCCAAGCAGAUGUGUAUGAUCAUGAUGGAGAUGACAGACUUUACGAGAGGGAAAGGCCCAUUGAAAAACACUUCUGAUGUCAUUAAUGCUGCCAAGAAAAUUGCUGAAGCUGGUUCACGAAUGGAUAAAUUAGCCCGAGCUGUGGCUGACCAGUGUCCUGAUUCCGCGUGCAAACAGGAUUUAUUAGCCUACCUUCAACGAAUUGCCUUGUAUUGCCACCAGCUUAAUAUCUGCAGCAAGGUCAAGGCUGAAGUACAGAACUUGGGCGGAGAGCUAAUUGUAUCAGGGCUGGACAGUGCCACAUCCCUCAUCCAGGCAGCCAAGAAUUUGAUGAAUGCUGUGGUUCUCACCGUGAAAGCCUCCUACGUGGCCUCCACCAAAUAUCAGAAGGUCUAUGGGACAGCCGCUGUGAACUCCCCUGUGGUGUCAUGGAAGAUGAAAGCUCCUGAGAAAAAGCCCUUAGUGAAGCGAGAAAAACCAGAAGAAUAUCAAACAAGAGUUAGACGAGGCUCCCAGAAGAAACACAUUUCUCCUGUACAGGCAUUAAGUGAAUUUAAAGCAAUGGAUUCCUUUUAGGACAC